CUUUGGCGCGCCCAUUCGUUCGCAGAGAACUUUGCGAUCGGACAAAUAUUCGAAUAAAAAAUAUAAUCACAGAACUUUUACUGAGAACUUUUCCAGUGACUUGUGAUUGAGUUCCGCAGUGCUAACGGAACUUUCCCCCAGUUUCAGUUUUCCCAGCGAACUACGGUAUUUUUGGAGGGACGUUAAAAAUAUCUACAAAUAUGCAGAUGUGGUGGGCAGUAUGUUGCGUUGCGGUGGUCGUCGGCAGCGUGUACGCAGACGCCGCGCCAGCUUCCAGCGAGCUCUCCCACUCCAUUGACUGGACUCAAUUGGAACCGGCUCCUGAUGAUGAAAGCAUCGAAUACGCCCUGUCGCCGGGAGGCCGCUAUCCCUCCGCGCCCUGGCUCUACCUGCUCGCUGACGUUCCCCGAGAUUCACAGGAGGAGGUUGGCCGCAUCAAGCGACGGAUGCCCUCCCUGUCCAUCGACCUGCCCAUGUCCGUGCUACGAAACAAGCUGAGCCUCGAAAAAGAUAGGAAGAUCCACGCGCUGCGAGCGGCCGCUAACAGAGACUUCCUAAAUGACAUCGGAAAACGAGGUUUUCUGUGGAGCUCCGCGGUAAAUACGGAUACUUAUUAGGAACGAUAUCGUUACUGACUGUACUUAAAUCGAUUGCCUCGUAAUAUAUUCUUGUAUUUAAUUGAAGACAUUAUUGUAUCAAGUUUUACCCAAUUAAAAUAAUGUUUUAUUCUUGAAGAGUUGUACUUACUUAUGAUAGCUUAAGCGAAUGUUAAAAAGCUUAAAAUAAAAUGAUGUACUUAUGCUAUAUUAUUAUACAGCUUUUUGCUAGUAAUAAGAUGAGAUUAGAGACUUAUAGUAGAAAAUUAAUUUUUAAUUAAAUAAUUUUUUCUUCUAUUUAUUUCAAAUAUUUCCUGAUAAUUAAUUUAAAAGAAAUUUCCUAACGUUAAAUAGAAUAUGUAGUAAGUAUGUAGAUUUUAUCGUAUGUUUCAAGUUGAAGAUACAUUGUAAAAUUUUAAUUAUGCUUUGAGAUAUUGUUGAGUGA